AUGGAGUCUGAUUCUACGCUUCACGUUCAAGACGAUCAAGAUUUCACCCUGGGUGAAUUCCCGCCUGUUGCACAUUAUCGAAACGUUGGAAGUGGUUUAGGGACGGAGAAAUCAUGUGCUUCCCCCCCUUCAGAUCAUGACCCCUCGUUGAGAAAGUCACAACACUUGUCUCCCGAAGAGUUGAACCGGCAACUCCGACAUGUCUUCAGACGUAGCCAUUCAUUCAAUGAGAACGAUUUGAAAGGUGAAGAAGGAAAACGAUGGACUUCUGGCGACAGACAUUUUCACUAUCAGUUGCCGAACUUCGGCGAUCCCAGCCAAGCUUGUCACGAAGCCACUCAAAGGAUUGAUAAGGGCAUGUGCGAUGCGUGGAGGGACGAAAUAGACAAGCUUCUGGUCUUGGCCGGUCUCUUUUCUGCGGUCGUCACCGCGUUCUCCAUCGAAUCGUAUAAGUGGUUGCAACCGAAUCCCCAAGACAUGUCUGAGCAGCUUCUGGCUCAGAUGUCGCAGAUGUCUGCACACUUAAAUAACCUCGUGAACCAGAGCAAAGCGAAAUAUCCUCCAAUACUUACGGUGCCAAUCCCCCGAACCAUUUCAGCGUCCGUUAUCCGCAUCAACUGUUUAUGGUUUCUCAGCCUCUCUCUGGCACUUUCAACGGCACUGAUAGGCAUUCUCUGUAUACAAUGGAUGCGGGAGUACCAAAGGGACGCUCAUCUUGGAAAUAUGGACAGUUUUUCCCUUCGUCAAAUGCGCUAUGAGGGACUUGAAGCUUGGUACAUCCCGACAAUCAUGGCCGCACUUCCCCUUUUUCUCCAGCUCGGUUUGCUUCUUUUUUUGAUGGGUCUCCUUGAUUUUCUGUGGAGCUUGAACUGCAUCGUGGCUACAAUACUCACAGUACUUGUGGGCUCCGUCCUUCUUUUGGUGUUUGCGACUACUAUCAUUCCCGGUUGGCAAUUCAUCUUCAGGCGGACUUUACUUGUUCCCCAAUGCCCAUACAAAUCACCCCAGUCUUGGGCGUUUUACAAAUUGCUGGCCUUGUUGAUGAGAGGCUUGACAUUCGUCAUCGAUAAAACGGUCCGGCUUAAUCGCGUUGUAUUGUCUGGAUUUGUUGGCCGCUUGAUUAGGAAGUUCCGCAGGGUUCCAGGCGACCGUGCAGUUAAAUCUCUUCAUAUUUAUGACUGGACAGCCUACGACCUUCGGUGGUUACGUGAACGAGACGCUUACGUCUCCAGCGGCUACGCAGAGGAGGUUGAAACUGACUCUUUAAACGGGCUUCAAGAGCUUUGGCGCAACCUUCCCUUCGGCCCACGGGCAGCCCAAGUGAAAUUUUCUAUUCUUCAAUCGCUCUUGCAUCGAAUGCGAACCGCUCCGAUCUGGAAACGUGUUUCUACACUUUCCAAAUUGGAAGAGCCAGGACUUCGUAAAUCUAGCUUUCUUUGCCUCAUACUCGAACUUCAGAAACAUCCUUAUGCAGAACGGCAUCCUCAUUUCUCAGGACGAGUUCCCAACUUCAAUCUCACCCCCAUAGCCGAGGAUGUUAUGCUGAUUGCCAGCCUACAAUACACACCUCGUUUGGAUGAACCAAAUGUGGCUCUCGUCUGUCGGAACCUUGCUAUUGAAGCUAGGAUCCGCAUCCUGAACGCGCUGGACGACCGAUACAUCUGUGGAGAUCCACUUUCUCUAACUUCGUGCUUCGGAAGUAUAAUAAGCGCUUUCCGACCCGAAGAGCAGUUUGAAGUUUCUGACGAAAUUUUGACCCAACUACUACAUCUAUGUUCUGCGAAAAAAUUCUUCCGACUGAAAUCCGCAGAAUGGUUCGGCGCUGACGACACCCACUGUGUAUCCACAUAUUCUAGCUUACACCUCUUGACCAAUGCCGUCUACCACCUAGCUUCGCGGCCCCUUUCGAAUCCUGGUUCGCACGCUGCAUUGUUCGCAGUCUGCGAACAGCUCGAACAAUGGAUGGGAAAGUUAGCUUUUAGGGAUAGCCAAGACCUGGAAGAGUUGCUUGAUUUUGCAGGCGGUAUAAUUUGGGCCUUUGCUGGCGUAUCGCCACACGCAAUAAAGAACUGGAAGACCUGCGAUGGCUUCGACACAGUCCAUUCCCUCAUGCGUACUAUUAGUGAUUUGUUGGAACUCGCCAUGAGCGGCGAGCACAUCCAUCUCCCAUCGACCCUCGAGCUUCUGCACCUCCGACCAGACGUGGAAUCUUCUGUUGGCCUCUCGCAAGAUCCCAGGAAAGUUUUAUCAGGGGUUCAAAGCCUCAUUACAACGAAAUUUGAACUCGAUAAAAGCGGAUACAAAAGGAUUAAUCCACUCCAAGCCGAGGAAGAAGUAUCCGUUGCAUCAUGA